ACAUAUGCAUAAGCACAACAUUUCUUGGCUACAAUUCUGCAACAACGACAACUGUGCUCGCACUUUUACUAUAAAUCCUUUCGUCCUUUUCGUUGUUAAUUUUAGCUUUUGUAGCAUUUUCACUAGAAAAAAAUAAUUUGCUCAUUUUUUUCAUUUCUGGCAUCCAAAGUAGAGAGAUUUGCAAUAUAUACUCGCAGAACAUCUCAUUUCAACUCAAGCGAAAUGGAUUUUCCAUUUAGAAAGUGCACUAUGUAGUUAGUAGUUGUUUUGCAUGUGUUUCCCUUUUCAUUGUUCCAGGCCUUUAACCACAGCUCACUAAAAAUAGAACUCGGAUCUCACAAAAAAUGCAGUGUCAGAUUUUUGCGACACAAAUUUCCUCAAGUCCAACAUACUACGCAUUAUUUCAAAGCAGCAUGCAGCAAGUCAAAAAUUAAUUAAAAGCACUUUUCGAUGGAAAAGUGUGCGUUUUGUAACAAGACCUCCCAAGUUUUGCAACUGUGCCCUCAAUGUGAAAAGGUGUGGUAUUGUAAUGAGACUCACAUGAGCCGUCAUUACGCCCAGCACCAGUCAGAAUGCUUUCCUGCCCUCGUUCAGUCUGAGGAGGGGUGUGGUCGCUAUUGGGUCGCAACGCGGGACAUUUCCAAGGGUGAGCUCAUAUUUACAGAGACGGCACUCUGUAAUGGCCCCAAUUCUGAGAGUCCUUCUUUCUCCCCCCUCUAUCCAACCUGCUUGGGAUGUUCGAGGAGCACCAACACGUCGCAUUUCUGCUCAAAGUGUCAUUGGCCCAUGUGUUCCAAGCAAUGUGAAAAAGUUCCACAACAUGCUGACUUUGAGUGCAAAGUGUUUCGCAAGAAUAAGGUCCAUUGGUCAACGAGACCUCAAUACUAUUUGUACAUUCAGCUCCUUCGUGCCCUUCUUCUGAGCACCGUCAAUCCUUCAGCGUUUGAGAAAAUGAUGCAACUAGAGGCUCACGUCCAACCCAGAAAAAAACAUCCUGAAGAAUCUCAACUCUCAAAAUCUUUUUACAAAUUUCUCACCGAGGAGUGUAAUAUUACCCACCACGAUUUUGAUUAUGUCGAUCGAGUUGUGGGAGUCAAUCGUAUUAACUCUUAUUCUGCGGAUGUUUUAAGUACAAAGUCCAAAAAACGAAAUUGCACAGCUUUGUUUGGGCAAAUGAGUUUGCUGAACCACGACUGUCAACCCAAUACUCGGACAGUCAUUUAUGAAAACAACUCGGACCUUUCUUUAAGCCUCGGCCUGUUCGCUUCCGUUGACAUUUGGAAAAAUCAGUGCAUAACACAGCAGUAUCAUCCUGUCGUGAAAGGAACAAUGGUUCGUAGGAAGGCGUUGAAGGAGUGGUUUUUUGACUGUGUUUGCAAAAGAUGCUCUGACCCCACCGAAUUUGGAACCUACUUUUCUUGUCUAAAUUGCUGGAAGUGUGAAGCAGGAUUUCUGUGCCCAGUAAAUCCGUUAGACGAAUGCUCAGCUUGGGUGUGUAACCAACCAGACUGUGGUCAUUCUCUAACGCCAGCCGAAGUUCACACCAUCAUCACGGAGACGGAGCAGGAAAUUGCUAAAAAUGAAAAUAGUGUUCCUCAACUCGAAACUGUGCUGGAUGAACUGAUCUCAAAAAAACAAAUUCAUUGUCAUCAUUACUUGGCAAUCAGUGUGCAGUAUGACAUUACACAGAAAAUUGUGAAAGCACUGAACAACGAGUGUGAGGUGAAUCUAGUUCGGCGUGGGUCUCGUUACUGCCGGAAUAUUUUGAAAGUUGUCAACGUUCUUUGCCCCGGAUUCAGCUAUUACAGAGGAGUCAUUUUGUAUUUUUUGGCCAAUUGUUUCUUUGCUUUGCACGAACUGGACGAGUUACAUGAAAGCACAGAUUGUGAUAUGAAAGAACUCAAGGAAAUCAUUAUGGAAGCAAUUGAAAUCAUGGAGGUUGAGCCUGAAGACAGCACUUAUCACGCAAUGGCUGAUGAGCUCGAAACUUAUCUAAAAGCUUUAUGUAAUUCUAAAUAAAUUAUGCAACGUAUUGAGCACAGAACUUGACCAUGGGUUGAAAAUAAACUCAAUUUCAAUAUUAA